ACAAUAAAUGCACUUUUAAUAUUUGCAGUUUGCAGAAGUUUUAGAGGAUCUGGAAGAAGAAAAAAGAGUGUCAAGUCAAUGGAAAAGAAAAGCAAUGAAAGCCAAUAGUGAAAUUCAGGAUCAGAGAUUAAUGCUAGAGGAACAAAUGGCAAGAAAUGCUGAAUUAGAAAAAAAACAAAGAAAAUUUGAUGUAGAAUUAAGUAAUCGACAAGAAGAAAUUAUAAAAGAACACUUUUUAAGGGAAAAGGUUGAAAGAGAGAAGGACAUGCUCCAACGUGAAAAAUAUUCGUUAGAACAAGAAUUGCAUUCAACUAGAUUAGAUAUGGAAAUGCAAUCUGAAAAAAUUAUAAUGUUAAAUAAAGAAUUAGAAGAACUUGCUGGAAGUACUAGUGGAGAGGAAGAAAUAACACAGCUGAAAAGGGCCAAGCAGGAAUUGGAAAGGAAGUUUAAAGAUCAAGAAGAAGAAUUAGAAGAACUUGCAGGUCAAGUACAAUUAUUAGAACAAUCCAAAUUAAGAUUAGAAAUGUCUCUUGAAAAAUCAAGACAAGAACUUAGAAGAGAGUUAUCUGUAAAAGAUGAAGAAAUAGAAGAAGUAAGGGCAGCUGCCCAAAAGAAGGUUAAAAAUCUUGAAUCUCAAUUGGAAUCAGAACAAGAAGAACGCCAUCAAGUAUUGAAACAGAAACAUGAAUUAGAAAGAAAAAUAGUUGAAUUAUCUGACCAACCUCCACCUCAUGAUCCUGAAGUGGAGCGACGUCUUCGACGGGAUCUAAAACGUACAAAGGCUCUGCUUCAAGAUGCACAAAUGAUGUUAGAACGUGUGCGUGAGGGCCAAGCUGGUAAAUCAAUAAUACGCCAAUUAAAGAACCAAUUAGAAGAUGCAGAAUUUGCCAAAACAGCUGCUAUAAAAGCAAGACAGGGAGCAGAAAUGGAAUUGCAAGAUUUACAAUCUCAAUUGGAAGAAGUGACAAGAACAAAGUGUGAGGUUGAGAGCAGAUCUCUUCAGUUGUCUCGAGAGAAAAAUGCUCUACAAACUCAGUUAGAAGAAAUGGAAGAAGAACUUGCAGAAGUCAUGAAAAAAUAUAAAGCAGUUGUACAACAAAUGUCCUCAGAUCAGAAGCUAUUGACAGACCAGCAUGAACAAAUUACUGAACUGGAAGCUGAGAAACAGACACUUAAAGAACAGUUAUCGGACCUGACAAAUAAAGUAGAACAAAUGAGCGGACAUCCCGACGACAUUCACAAGAUUCAUCAGCUGGAAGGCAGGAUCCGCGAUCUGGAGAUGAGGUUAGAAUUAGAACAGACCACCAGAGCCAGAUUGGAGAGUCAGCUGCACAGACUGAAAGAACAGUGCGAAAGAACGAGGCAAGAGUGCGAUUCUCUACACAAUAAAGAAGUACAAUCUCAGGAGUCGUCGAGAAGACUGCAGAGACAGCUGAGAGAAUUACGCGAAGAUUACAGCGCUCUCCAGCAGAAAGAGUCGGAAGCUUACCAAAAGCAACACGAAUUAGAAAUGGCUUUAGAAAACACCGAAGCAGACCUCCAGGCAACGCGAGCCGAUCUCAGAUUGGCCUGUCAGAGAAUACAAGACCUGCAACACGCCCUCGAGGACGACAUAAGUUCGGAGACGGACGUCCCCGAAGACAGCGGAUCGGAGAGCGACGGCAGCAUCGACGUGUCCUCGGUGAGAAGCCAUCGUCACUACGUUCCGAUUUCCCGUCGACUGAGCAGUUCGAGCAACGAGGGAAGUCUGGAAACCGCGCUCCAUCUUUCUCGCACUUCGUCUUUCGACCACGAUUCGGCCUUUGGCAGUAGGAUGGACAAGGAGACCGAUAUCGCUGAACGAAGUUUCUCUCCACUGAAUGGAGAACGGACGUCUCCGGAUCACAAGCAGUCGGACGUCGCAUGAAUACCGAGGUGCUAACAAGUUAGGAAAACAGUCCGUCCCUUGGCGACAAUUUUUACUUUCUCAAAUAACGUAGGUAACUACUUUUGAGCGUUUCAGUUUAACGGAUAUACCGACAGGACGGUCACAAACCAACCAAAGAUACUUCCAAAUAAUAACACGCGCCCAUGCAAGAUUCUCUGUAUUUCGGGGCGGUUAGAAAUAAUCCGCAAGUAAUUUUAACCGGUCAAAAUAUUUAAAACACGAUAUUUUUGGCAUCGUCUACGUUAUCCAUCAUCCGUUAAUAAAGUAAUGUACAUUAGGAAUCGACCGGCGGAAAAUUUGUUUUCGUUACGAAAGUCCGAAUUUUUAAUCGUCGUUUUUUACCGGGCCAAAACACGAGACCGGACCAUUCGACUAAUUUUCUAUGGCACCACGCUUUCCUUUUUUUUGUAUCGAUUACGGAUAUCCGUCGUCGACUGGUACUUAAGGGAAAUCGAGCGGCCGUAACCACUCUCAAGGUGCUUCCUCUGGUAGUUUAAGAAACAAAAUUAUUAUAUAAAAAACUAGUCAUCUCUUUCGAGUGUGUAAUAUGUAUAAUUAAAAAUUCCAAAAAUGUCAAAUAUAAAUGUCAAUCUUUCUAUAUUUUUCUUGGGUUGUUUGUUAUACUGCUUUGAUCUGCAAUAAGCCUUAUUACCAUGUGUACGAGUCAGUUAUUUGUAAAAUGACUUAUUGUGAUUAAUAAGAUCUUUAUAAAUCAUUAUUUAAUAAAUACAAUUUUGC